CAUUAAUUUGCUAUUGGACAUCAUUUUUCAUAAUUCUGUUCGUUAAAUAAUGGCAGAGCCACUCGCCCUGACAUGUAAUUAAUAGACGAAAAGCGUGGCGAUACAACAAACUCUUAGUAAGCGAGCUGAAAAAGUUGGUUGCAAGUUAGGGCGGGCGGGCUGGAGGCGCAUAGCGUAUCGCGCUGUCGCCUCGAUAGCACCGAUCCAACAUGUAAGGCCUGUACCCGUCGGCACGCUACGUAACUUUCAACUUUUACCUCGACAUUAGAGGCUCUAAAGCAAUAUAACCCUAGUGCUAGUUCUCCAAAUAGUUUCACGAUAAUAGUUCCUGUGUUUAAGAAAAAUAUGAAGAUGCAACAUUCAUUGCUUCCAUUAUUAUUACUCGCUAUCGUAGCAGUUUGUUCAACAAAUGAAAUUCCUAUGAUAAAUCGUCUCGAGUUAGAAAAUUUCUUGGAAAAUCAAGACAACGACAAUACUCUAAAUAACAGACUACAAAAUAGGGAUACUAAAAAAAUAUUUUUUAAGCGAUUACUCAACCGGCUUCCAAUAUUAAAACCUGAAAUUUCGAAUCUGAUUUAUGAAAACAAAGAAGAUAAUGGUGACAGUCACAUUUUACACAAUCACAAUAAUAAAGAGUACAUUUUGGAUGACUAUUUAACUCAAGAACUACAGGAAUAUCCAAAGCAGACAAAGGGCAGAAUGCCGCAAUUUGAUCGAAAUUUGGAGAUUAUCGGGAAAUCUUAUCAAAAUCACAAUGUAAAUGAAAUAGACCAACAUACUUCUGUUGGUGAUUAUGAGAAAAUCCUUGAUGACGAUUUGAAAUUUUUUGAUGAUAAUAAAAAAUUCACCCCAACCAGCCCAUUAUUGAUUUUAAAAAUACGUUUGUCAUAUUUAGCCAAUGAUAUUAACCCUAAAGAUAACACGUAUACGGAACUAAUACCGCUACAUUCGGAAGUGAAAAGUAAAGAUGACGAGGCAUACGAUAAAAUGCUGCAAAACGACAUCGAGUCAGCUGUUAAAGUUAAAAGGGAAGAAGCUGAAAACAUCAAUGAAGCGGAAACGGACAGCGACAAGAACAAAAAGAUAAAGAAGAGGAUAUUUUCACUCUGGAGUAGACUACAAGGCCUCCACAGGGGCCACGAGUUACACCAUCGCAGGCAUUUACACGCAUUCUACGGCCUCCCCGAUGAUGGCGGCGGCGGCGGCGACGGUGGCGCCCUCACAGCUGAGACACGAGCGACUUUCCUGCGACCACCCGGUUCACCCUUAAGAUGGGGUUAACUUCCCAGACCAAUAGAACCUCAUUAUAUUAUAACAUAAUCCAUAUGUUGGACGGUACAUGGAGUAGGCGUAACAAGCUGAAUAGUACAAUAAUUUGAAGAUGGAUUUACCCCGAAUAUUUACAGUAUGUACCUACUGUUAUAUUCUUCAAGGUUUUGAAUUUUGUAUGAACAUUUUCAAAUGUAGAUAUAAGGCCCUUGUAUAUUUUUAUGUAUCGCGUAAUAUAAGAUAAAUGAUAAGACCAAUGUUCCAAUCAAUUAAAAUGAAAAAAAAAAUGAUUUCAAUUUUAAGUUUAAAUUUUGAUAUCAAUUUACGUUAAGUUUGUUUUUAAAUAUUAUACAUGACGAAUAGCCACAAGCCGAACUGGUUCAAUAAGCUUAAAUAUUUUAUUAUUAUCUCAUAUUAAACCAUUAGUUUAUAUUUUAAGAAAAAAGUAAUUUUAUUUCCUUAAUUUAUAAGUUUGCUCAAAUACGUUUUAAAUAUCUACAUAGCUUCCAAGAAAACUGUUUACGUUUAGCUGAUUUAUGUUAGAAGAUAAUCUAUAUUAUAAAGGAUUCCUAUUAAAUAAUUAUAAUUACUCGUAUAAAGUUAAACACGAAUAAUCACGUUAUGAUAAUGUCGGUAAAUAUCUAUACUAUCAACUAUAUAUUCUAUAAUAUGUGUAA